AAGAAUUUAAAAACAAACGAUAUUAUUUGAAAAAAUAUAUAUUUGACUUAAAGCGCAACAAUUGUCGUACAAUAUUAACAUAUCUUUGUUCAUUCUGCCAAAUCAUAUAAGUAAGAUAUAAAAAAAUAUUUUAAGGGACAAUUAAUAAUAGCAGUCUGUCAUAACUCGUAGAAUCUCUAUUAACGAGCGGUGUAACGUGCGGAUGUGUAAUUACGAGAAGUGUGUGGGAUGUUAUUCACUAAUACAGUAGAAUGAUAUUCAAUUACGACAUUAAUUGAGAGAAUUCUAGCAUUGUAGUCUCGGAAUCAACAACGGGCAGUGCCCAUCUGAAACGGACUUAACCUUGAAUUAAAAUCGAAGGAUGGCGAGUAUGUGUAAUGAUUGCAUGGCCCGAGUGCCAUAUGCAACUCUUAUUGCAACAAUAAUGUGUUGCUUAGGAGUAGGUAUAUUCUGUGGUACAAUGUACAGAGGUGUUACAUUAAGUUCUUUGAUGAUGGAUCAAGUAUUUCAUUUAAGACUUGGAUGGUUGGAGCCUGUUCAAUUAACUUUUGCAACAAUUGGUGCUAGUAUGGCAGCUUUAGGUUUUAUGAUAUUAUGUGUUGGUUGUCUUGCAACUGGAGCUACAAGACAUAAAGUAUAUAGAGCCUGGAGAUCUAGAGUUGGUGGACGCAUCUCUUGUGCUGUUUUCAUGACAAUUACUUAUAUACUACAACUAGGCUGGCUUUUAAUAUUUGCAUUCUUGAUUAUAAUUGCUUGGGUUUUUACUAUAUUUUGGGGUUUAUGUAGCAAUCCCCGUGUUCAAUCUCUUGACCAAUGUAUUGAUUUUACUCAAUUUAGCUUUAUAUUCCCAAAUAAUACAAGGGUGGAUGAUAUGAAAAUAUGUGGACCACAAGAAGUGAAAUUGUUUUGCAAGGAUUUUGUUGAAAAAGCAGAGAUCAUGUUUAUUUUAGCAACUGCAGCUGCCAUGUUGGUUGUAUUGAGUCUCAUACAUUAUUUAAUGUGUUUGUCUGCUAAUUACGCACACAUUAGAGAUCAUGAAAAAUUUCAAGAACUGCAAGAACUUCAAUAUCUUCAAGAUCCAGGAGAUCCAGAUUCUCCUCAACCCGGAAUGGGAACUCUGACUUCGCACCAUCGUGCUAAAGAUAGAUUCUAGGAUACGGCCCGCGAGAUCUUCGCGAUGAAUCCUCUAUAACUCUAUACAUUCUUGUUUACAAAAUAUUGGAGAUAUUUACUCUACAAGAAUUUAUGACGAUUUGAUGUUAUUCUCUUCUAUGUAUCUAAAUUCAGUAUUCUACUAAUCGAUUAAUAUUGUAGUAGUUUACUGAUUGAGGAUCUUGCGGGAACACUUUAUGCCGUCCAUUUUCUGCGACUGUCUUGUAAGCAUUUAUUUUUAUUUAAAGUUAUGAGUUCAUUAAUGAUUAGAGAUAUAAGAUUUUAUCUUUCGUAACAUUGUUCAUUUAAUUGUUUCUAUAUAAAGUAUAAAAUAUUCGAAAACAUUCCAUAUAUUUCAUACAUAUUCGUUGAUAAAGUAUUUUUUAUUU